GUGCUCGGCCCCAUUUGUAGCCUCGCGUCAUCCAUCCGCAACAUCGCCAUUGCCGCCGCCAACUGUACGCAUUUCAAUCAAGUAUACGACGAGCGAGCCAAUCUACACUUGUCGAACACAUCUUUGCUUCCGCACAAUCGAAGUGAGGAGCUAACAAAAAGGCUCUGCACACUGGGCUCGCCACCGACGGAGCUCGCGCGUCACCCGGGAGGCAGUCUCCAUAAACCCAACGGAAGCUUGAGGUAGUAGGCACAAGCAACUCCGCAGCCAUGUCAGCACAGAACUCGGCGGGUAUUCAGACCCUAUUGGACGCGGAGAGAGAUGCAUCGAAAAUUGUACAGAAGGCCCGCGAAUAUCGCACGAAGCGAGUGAAGGAAGCUCGGGACGAAGCGAAGAAGGAAAUCGAGGAAUACAGACAGUCCAAGGAGGCUGAGUACAAGAAGUUCGAAUCACAACAUUCGGCGGGCAACAAGCAAGCUGAGGAUGACGCGAACAAGGAGGCGGAUGCCAAGAUUUCGGAAAUCAAGGCUGCAGGGCAGAAGAACCAAGACAAGGUGGUUAAGGACCUCUUGAAGGCCGUCUUCGACGUGAAGCCCGUCCCUCCCGUGGCUGCGUGAUUGCUCUCACUGUUUCAGUGCUGCUCAUGAACACCCAGCUGUCUUUCAGUUCAGCGAAGGCGGGUUGUGUGGCUUACAUUUAACCCGCAGCCCCUUGACCCGAAUUAUCCUAGAAUCAAAUCACCGUUUUUUACUAUUCCUUAUCUAGAAUAAUGUUGUAACUUCCCCUUGCCACAACAGCUGCUACACAAAAUGGAGAAGCGCACCCAACAUGUCUUUCUUAUCGCUGGUUCUGUCCACUUCAUCGCCAAGGUCGUCGAGCUGUCCCUUCAGGGACUUGCGAAGGACUUCCAAAUUUUCACCCUGGUCGGCAAACAGCCUCUCAAUGGUAGCACGUGCGCCGCUGUCUUCUGCAACGAGCCAUGCCAGCACGAUGUCCACUGCCUGCAGACCAAAGAGGCCACCUUCCAGUCUCCAAGACAGCCACUCAUCCGCCGCCUCAGCCCCGGCACCCUCAUCAAACUCAUCUUGCUCGGCUUGUAUACGCUGCUCAACAAUCUUGAGCCUAGAGGCAAGGUCUUUCCGGACUGUCACCAAUCUCUCGGUCUUUUCGUAUCCUUUCUCGACAAAUUUGGCCAGGGUACGUAUUCGCUCUGCUGAAUUCAGAGGUAGAAGUCGCAGCAAGGAUGCAAAGAUAUUAACCAGAUGCUCCACAGUCGGGCCGUCUUGUCGUUUCAUGAAUAUGGUGAAUAUAUUCUUUAACCCACCAGCCUCAACCAGCCUCUGACAAGUUUCGCCGCCGGCCAUCCCGGCCGUGCUGUGGUCGAGUAGGCGCAAAGCUGGCAUUUUGCUCGCCUUUCCUUCCCUUAGCAUGAUCAAACAUAACUCUAUGCCCUCGGCUUCGAGCAGUUUAAUUUUGCCUUCGGGCUCAUCGACUAAACAUGUUAGAGUUUCAAAGAGAUUCUGCAUGUACUC